AUGGACUUUGGUGAUGUGGAGUACUGGGAGCGGUUCUAUCGCCGCUACUUGCCUCCUGCCAAGCCGCCUGGAGAAGGGGAGGCAGCGCUGUCGACCGGAGCUGACAGGGGGAGCGGCGGGGCCGAGCAGCAGCUGCUGGAGCAGGACGAGUGGUACUUGGAGGCGUCGGCGCUGGUGCCUCGCUUGCUGCCAUGCCUACCGAGCUUGGCCGAGGAGGGCCAACUUCCGGCCGUGCUCAUGCUCGGGUGCGGAAGUUCGCGCUUGAGCGAGCUGCUGUACGAAGCGGGCUACCACCACAUCACCAACGUUGACUUCUCGCCCCUCGUCAUUGCCAGCAUGCAAGAGAAGACCCGCUCGGCGUGCCCCACGCUCCAGUGGCUCGUCGCCGACGUCACCCACAUGCCCGCCAUCGCCUCUUCCAGUUUCGACGUGGCGAUCGACAAGGGCACACUCGACGCCAUCAUGUCGGCAACGGAGUGGCAGACCAGCGCGCCGGCAAUGGGUGCCGAAGUGCAUCGCGUGCUCAAGCCGGGAGGACUGUGGUUGCUAUGCAGCUUCGGUGACGACAGGGCCGAGUGUGUGGACGAGCAGCUGUCCGAGCUCGGUGCUGAUGCCGAUCCCGCACUCAACCGGUGCGAGGGACGGUCGGAGCGAUGGCACGCCGUACGAGAGCGGAUCGCGCUGCCUGCCCACUCGCCAGAAAAAGAAGCUGGCGGAGGAGGAGCCCUUGAGGAAGAGGAGGCGGGGGCGUGGUACCUUUACGCCUUCACUAAGCUCCCUGCGGGGGAGUAG